AUGACAGUGCCGCGAGUGGCGCGAGUUGCAAUUCACGGCCUGAAUCCCGGCUUGCCGGCCACCGAGUACUUCGUCCGAUUUGCACCUCAGGCCAAGUUGGCACAGGUGCUCUUGCUGGAAGACGCCACCUUGGGAUUUAAGCGUUGCCUGGCCUGGGCCACACUGCCCGGGAGCCAGCUGAGUAUCCCACCCAAAGCCAAGGUCCUGAACGCCACCAUCCUUUUCGCCGACUUUGUUCUCAGCGUACCCCUUGCCCGAGAUCAGGCGCAGCACCUUGAAGUGGCACAGGAUGCCACCUGGACGGUUUUUCACCAGCGCUCGAACUCGUCCAGCUGCAGAUCGGACUGCGAGGACGAUCCGGAUUGCCUCGCAUCCUUCACAGGUACAAAUGGAUGCUUUGCAGCCUACCACAGCUACGCAUGGCACGAGAGCCAAAGUUGUGGCGGGGCCGCGAAGUUAGACAAUGCCAUUCAAGACAGCUUUCGAGCCCAGAUGUUUGGCUGCGCGACGGAUGCUGGCACCUGGAGUGCCGAAUGCGGGCAGGGCGUCCAGGACUGGCAAGGAGGAACCUCUGGGCAGCUCCGUCUAAAGCUACGGCGUGAGCAAGGAUUGGAGAGGAAGCCGCUGGAUGUCCAGUCCAUCAGCCUCUACAAGGAUCUGCCCUUGCCGAUGGAUGUGCUGAUCCAGCUGACGGGCGGGCAUACGGACAACACCACCGAGGUUCUCAGCACGUUUGGCCUCGUGUCCCAGUCAGGCGACAUCUUCGUGACGGCGCGCAGGUUUGACCCCUUCCUCUUCAACAUGCUCCGUCUUAUUGUGGUUCCCAUCCUGCCCGAUAACCACUUCAGAGUUCAGUGGACGUCCAUACCCAACGAUGGCUUCGGCGUGCUCGAAGACAAUCUUCCAGACUUCAGGCGCUGUAACAUGAGCAACUUCCUGAGACAGCGCUACCGUGCAUGCGGUGCAUCGUCGACGGGUGCCAGGGAAUCAGAGCCCAUCACUUUCAAGUUCAAUCCCUGGGUGGGCCCUUUGGAGGGCCGCUUCCUCGUGGAGCCCAGGGAUCCCACGGAGCGGCAGUCGGGUUUGUGGCCGCCGCGGCGGCACCAGCACCGCCUGAAGGUGCGGUUUGAUCAGGCAGACACUGCGGCAGCUUGGGCGGCUGAGAAGGAAGGAUGUGAACUUCUGCAGCGUCUGCCGAGAUCGGGGCAUAACUUCCUAGGGCGAUCUGCCGAUGCCUUCUGCCAUAUGGUUGAUGGCGCCCUGGCCACAGGCAAGUGCCACUAUUCUGAGCUUUGCGAGGCGUGGAGGAGUGCGCUGGCUGAGCACAGCGACCUCCCAACGCAGCAGCUGGCAACCCUUCUGGCCUGCCAGGCCAAGGCCCAGAAGCUCGCAUGGGGGCCCAAGAUCUGUGAGUGGGUGAGCUUCUCAUUCUUCGCCUAUAACCAGCACCACCACACCUUAGAGAGGAAGGUGGAAUUGCCCACAUACCAGCAGUUUAUUGUCGUCCGAGUCGCGGACUUGUUUCAGAGCAUGACGUCUCUGCGCCCGGCUCUGCGCCCCGCCGCCUUAGAGGCCGCAAGGCUGCUCUGCCACGAGCAAAAGUGGCAAGCCUGGGCACAUGUGCUCCAUGCACACGUGCGCGGGUUACUGGGACAAACGCUCAAGAGCCAUGAUGGGGAGUUGGUCAAUGUAACCUCCAGGCAGACCGAUCCAUGGCUCUACUGGAUGUCGCGGGCAAUUCGGACCGGGUCGGUCGACUUCACCCGCACCAUCCACGAUUGCCUGUGGAAGGAGCACUACUCACAAAACUACAGCCUUCAGGCAGGGAUUGACCGGGUGUCUGGAAGGCUCGCAGAAGAGGCCUGGGAUGCUGCCGCCAAGCGAGCGGGCGAGGGGAGCUUCGACCAUCUUGGAUGGUUCACAUUCAUCGGCAACAUGUCGGCCAACAUGCCGGAGUCCCUCGUGACUGGUGCUUUGCAGCGGGGCUCCACCACGCUCAACUUCACGUCAACCAUGGAACACCUACUUCCUACCUGGCCGCUCUGCAGGGAGCUACAUCCCUCCUUACCACGGCGUCCAGAGUUGGAGUACUUGUCCUGGGUGCUCAAAAGACAUCCCUGCGACCAGGUGGAACUCCUGAACGUCAGCGGCGGCCGUUUUGAAGAAUCGGCAUUUCCUGAAGAGACCGGCUUCUUCGAAGCGGUGCAGGGCCUUUCCCACCUUCAGUCCCUCUCCAUCAAGCACUGGUCCUUGUCCGAAGUUGACAUGCGGGAGCUCGGUGCAGCUCUCAAGGCAAGGGCCCGUGAUGAUUCUCGCCUGGCCCUUUUGGAGCUCACGCCGCGGCUGGGAGAAAUCGCCUUUCCCAGAACCGCGUUCAAGCACUUGUUCGGCCUGUGCAUUCAGCGCUUGGAGCUUGGCGACAUCGGCCUGAGUAGCCGGGAGGACCUGGAAGCCUUCAUCGCGGAAAUCGCUCAAGCUGGAAUGCCUUGCCUGCAGAAGCUGCGCAUUGAUGUCACUGGCCCGAGCAACUACACAUUGCUGGCGGAGAUGCAUCCGUCCAUUGAGGAGGCCUUGAGAAAGGCCGCUCGAAACAGCACCGCUGAGUUGAUCAUCAACAGCGACUGA